UUUUCUUUUCUUUUUUUCUUCCUCGUCGGAGUCCAACCCGCGGUUUCCUUUAUUUUUCUGUUUUCUUCGCCAUGGACAGUGAGACCGCGGUCUUCGUGCAGCUGGUGCCGCAUGGCUUCUUGGGGCCCUCUUCGUCGGGAGACCAACGGCAUUGUUAUUGGUUCAAGAGGGACUCGGCAUGGCGAAAGCUGCUGGCUGCUUGGGCCAAGGAGAAUGAUUGGUUGGACGAAGACUUGCAGUUGUCCACCUUAGAAGGCGUGCGACUUCCCUUGGACUCCACGCCGUCGUCCAGCGGCCUCGCGGACGGGCGCGAGCUCCUCAGCUUGACGGUGGGUCCCGUCCAGGCGACGCGCGACCCACGGCGUGCAGUGAAAGCAGCAAUGGCUGCUGGUGGUCGGAGUGGGCAAUCUAUCUCCGGCCAGGUGCGCGUGCAGAUCCUCGCGCACAUCGAAGGCACUGCCCCCGCCGUGCGGCUGCGUUUCGUGGUGCCGGGCACCGCGCCGGCACGGAAGCUGAUGAUGGCCUGGUGCUUGCGGCAGCACGUGAGCCUUACGGAGGUGCGUUUCAGCUUGAAGGUCGAGGGCCACUGGCGCGAGCUGCCGCCUGACGAGACCUUGGACGCCUUGGCGUCGGCGCGGGCGGCGGCGGCGCUCUCCUCGCCGCUGGAAAUCUUGGCCGAGCCAAGGAAUGCUGAGGACAUGGUGGAUCAGGAGAAAGCUCCAGAGGCCGCGCGCCCGGCCACGCCGCACCCCACGACCCCCACGGCCCCCCGCGCCGCGCCGGCCGUGGCGAGCGCGAGCACGAGCGCUGGUGCAAGCCCAGCGACGGGUGCUGGUGGCGAUGAGGGCAUCCGAGUGAAGGUGCAAAUGGUUCCACAAGGGAUUCUGAAGGACCGUGUGAAGCAGAGUGCGACCGAGCGGGCCCUCAGCUUCAAUACCAAGAUGUUUGCACCACUGGGAAAGGCCAUCCGGAAGUGGUGUGAACAUCAGCAGCUCUUACCGGACACGGUGGUGGCCUUUCACAAGGGCAAGAAGCUGUCAUGGGAGAGCAGCCCAGCGGCCGAGGGCUUCCGGCCCAGUGAGUUGAUCCUCUUCGACCUGGUUCUGCUGAGCGAUGCCACGCAACUGGCCGUGCAGGAGGCCAAACGGGUGCCGAUCGCAGCUUCGGCGGAGGAGGUGAAGAGCUUUCCCAUCAGCGUGCAGGUGCGGAGCGAGCUCUUGGAACAGGUGGACUUUAAGAUGAAGUCGACCACGCCUUUAGUGAAGAUGAUCACGCGGUGGCGCCAGCAGCAGAACCUCCGUGCCACCGCCGUGGUACGCUUCCGUGAAGCCGAUGCUCCCGAUGGCCGUGCGGACAUCGUGGCCACGGACACGCCAGAGGGCCGCGGCUGGGCGCCGGCAGAAAACGAGGUGAUCAUUGUGGAUGCUUACAUUGAAGGACAGGAAGCUGCCAAGAAGAAGGCCGGAGUGGACACUGUUCCACCCAAAGCCGUUGAUGAGAACGCCGCCAGUCCCGCGGCGGCGUGCGCCGCCGACGCCGCGGCUUGCCCGGCAGGGUCGGAAGGUGCAGAGAAGGAGAGUGAAGAGAAGGUGGAUGCAGCUGAGCAGCCUCCUUCAGUGAAGCAGGGAGCUUCAGAGCCUCCAGCGAAGCAGCCUUCUUUGGAGAAGCAGGAGCUCCCCACCGGCCAGGCCGACCAGAGUGAGACGAAGACGGGAGAGGCCAAGACGGAGGCCGAGAAAUUGGAGAAGGUGAAUGUGGAAGUCAUUGCUUGGGAUCAGGAUACUUGUCACAAUGUGAACUUCAAGAUGCGACCCGACUCCAACUUCGAGAAGCUCAUGGCCGCAUGGUGUAAGAACUUCGACCUCGACGUGAGCGAGGCCAUUUUCGAGUACCAGGGCCAGCAGAUCACGCCGCAGGAUUCUUUCACGAAACUGGGUUGGCAGAGCUCCAUGGGCACGCCCAAGAUCGAAGUGAAGCCGCGGCCGCAGCCAGUUCCACCAGCGCCGGUGGCACCGGAGACGGUGCCGGAGCCAGUGCCGGAGCCAGUCGAGACGCAGGAGGAGGAGUCCUUACCCGAGACCCAGCCGGGCGACCUUUUCGCAGCGGCCGAAGCCGCCGAGGCUGCGCAGGCUGCGGAGAUGACGACGACGGAGGAGGACGGCAAGAUCGAGGUGCAUGUGAUGGCCCAAGGGGAGGAUGGUCCAAACAUUUUGGACUUCAAGAUGAAGCCUGAAACGCCCUUCGAAGCGGUUUUGAAGGCUUGGUGCAAGCAUCAUGAGAUUCCACAGGACCAGGUGCUCUUCAACUUCCAAAACGCCCCACUACAGCCGCAGCUGAGCCCCAAGAGCGUGGGAUGGCAGAAGGAGUUCGGCAUUCUGGAGAUCGAGGCGCGGCCAGUCGAGGAAGAACAGCCGGAGGUGAAAGAGCAGGCCCCAUCGACGGAGACCUCCGCAGAAAAGAUCGACGUGCGAGUGGUAGCAGAUGCGGAGAACGGUGAAAAUGUGGUCGACUUCAAGAUGAAGUUUGGAACAACAUUUGGCAAGAUGAUGGCUCGCUGGUGUGCCCAUCAAGGAAUACCACGUGAGCAAGCUUGUUUCAAAGUCGGCGAACGAGAGCUAGCGGAUGAGGACACUCCGCACACCGUGGGGGCGAGCGGUGAUGUCCUGGUGGUGCGGGUCAUGCCCCACAGUGAGAAGACGUCCGCCCCGCCGCCGGCGUCUAGCGCAUCUUCCAGUGCCAGCGCGGGUGGAUUGGCCUCAUCGCCUUCGAGGCCUGAGAACAAGGCAGACAUGCCCAAGCCCAAAGAGACCAGUUCCAGCGAAGUGGAAGACGAGAAGCUGGAGGUGAAGGUGGUGGCCGACUGCGCGGGCGGCGCCAAUGAGACGAGCUUCCUCUUGCGACGUUCCACCCCGCUUGGGAAGAUGAUGCAGGCCUGGUGUGAUCAUCAUGAGCUUCCACUGGCCGAGGCAAAGUUUCUACUGGAAGGUCCUGGUUCGCGCGUGUUGACGCCUGAGGACACCUUACAAAGCCUCGGCUGCCGUGAGGUGGUGAUCCGAGCGGUCCCCACCGAGCCUGAUGCAAAGCCGCCGGCAACAGCAGCACCUGCCACCAAGCCGGCAGCUGCCGCGCCUGCGGCCGUGCCUCCACAGGCCAGCGCAAACAUCAAGCCGCCUGCGGCCGUGCCUGCUGCACCGGCCAAGCCGGCGGCAGCCAAGCCGGCAGCCAAGCCGGCGGCAGCCAAAGCUAAGCCGGAGGCCAAGCCGGCGGCAGCCAAAGCCAAGCCGGAGGCAUCCAAGCCAGCGGCAGCCAAAGCCAAGCCGGAGGCCAAGCAGGAGGCAGCCAAGCCGGCUCCGAAGGAUGCGAAAGCUCAGAUCGAAGUGCGGGUGGUGGCGGACGCGGAGAAUGGCGAGAACGUGGUGAACUUUAAAAUGAAGCUGGGGAUGACCUUCGGAAAGAUGAUGGCGCGCUGGUGUGCCCAUCAAGGAAUACCGCGUGAGCAAGCUUGUUUCAAAGUGGGCGACAGAGAGCUCCAAGACGAGGACACCCCCACCGACCUGGCGCAGAGCACCGAGGACGUUCUGGUGGUGCGCGUGAUGCCCCACGAGAACAAGACGUCAGAGAGCAAGGCAGAUACGCCUGAAGCACCGACGAGGCCUGAAAGCAAGACAGGCACGGCCACCACGGCUGACACGGCCCAAGCCACCAGGCCUGAAAGCAAGGCAGACACGACCAACACGGCCGAGGCCCAACAGAGCAGGCCUGAAAGCCAGGCGGACACGAGCAACACGGCCGAGGCCCAACAGAGCAGUUCGGACGAGAAGUUGGAGGUGAAGGUGGUCGCGGAUUGCGCGGGUGGCGCCAACGAGACGAGCUUCCGGAUGCGCCGGUCCACGCCGCUGAGAAAGAUGAUGGAGGCCUGGUGCGAGCAUCAUGAGCUGUCGCUGGCCGAGGCAAAGUUUAUGCUCGAGCCUGAGCAGAGAGUCUUAAUGCCCGAGGACAGCUUGCUGACCUUGGGCCUGCAGAAGUCGGUGCUGGUGCGCGCGGUCCCCACUGACGCCGACCCCGAGCCGGCACCAAUCCCUGAGCCGCCAGCCGCGGCCGCCGUCCAGCCGGCCGCUGUCGAGCCCCCAGCAACUGCUGCGGCCACGGCGGGAGCGGCACAGGAGGAGGCCCUUGCGACGGAGGCGGCCAUGCCCGAGACGGAGAAGGAGGAACCGAUCGAAGUGCGGGUGGUGGCUGAUGGGAAGAACGGCGAAAAUGUCAUCAACUUCAAGAUGAAGCUUGGAACAACCUUUGGCAAACUGAUGGCUCGCUGGUGUGCACAUCAAGGGGUGCCGCGCAAUCAAGCUUGCUUCAAGGUGGGCGAAAGAGAGCUCACCGAUGACGACACUCCCCAGACCGUGGGUGCCACCGACCGUCCCGGAGCCGAAGUCCUGGUGGUGCGCGUCGUGCCUUGCAGCCCUGCCAAGAAGCGCAAGAGCAGCGAGGGAGGCACCCCCAAAGCCAAGGCCAAACGUACCAGUUCAAGCGUUGCCGAUGAGAAGCUGGAGGUGAAGGUGGUGGCAGAUGGUGCAGAUGGCCCGAGCGAGAUGAGCUUCCAAAUGCGGCGGUCGACACCUCUGGGGAAGAUGAUGCAGGCCUGGUGCGAUCACCACGAGCUGCCCUUGGCCGAGGCGAAGUUUCUCCUGGAACGGCCCCAGCAGCGGGUCCUGACGCCUGAGGACACCUUGCAGGGCAUCGACUGCCUGGAGGUGAUCGUGCGCGCCGUCCCGGCCGAUGCGGAGCUGCCGGAGUCCUUGCAGCGCGCGGAGCCUCCGCCCGAGCCCACAGCGAAGGCGCCGAAGGCGAAGGCGCCGAAGACGGCGCCGAAGGCCAAGGCCAAGGGCCGAGGCCGUGGAAGAGGACGAGGCAAGAAGAAGCGCAAGUCCAGCGACGAAGCGGAGGAGUCUCCCACGGACCUUCCCGACGCAGCCGGCGCGCCUGGCGUGCCCAGCGCCGCGCAGAGCGUGGUGGCCGCGGCGACGCCGUCGCCGGCGCGGCGGUCGCAGCGGCUGAAGAGCCAGCCGCAGGUGACGACGGCGACGCUGGUGCAUCACGUGCCGGUGAAGAGGAGGGAGUCCAAGGAGGGCCAAGCAAAAGCCGACGCAGCUGCGCGGAUGAGCUUCCGGGAGUACUUGGCCUAUGACCGGGAGCAGGAGAAGCAGCGGAACCAGGCACGUUUGGAGCGGCAGAAGCGGAAGUUCGUCAACGGUGACAGCGACGAUGAGGACUUUCAUCUGGCGAUGGCGCUCUCCCUCUCCGAAAGCCAAGCGGAGUCGCCGCAGGAGGACUCGGCCGGGACGUCCGCCACCGACGCCGCCGAAGCUGUGUGACCCAGUUCCUUAAGGUCGCCACGCAAACCUCGGUGAACCGACCCUUUCGGGUGGCCGCCGACCUGGUCCGCGGCUCGCCCCGCGAACUCCGCGCGAAGCGCGCCAUCCAACCGCUGCGUGCGGAGCGACAAA